GUAAAGUGUGCCCCACAUGCAAUGAGACAGGAGUUUUAUGCAGCUUUCAUUCAGUGAUGACUGCCCAUUUCUCGUGAUGCCUACAUCUACAUGGCAAAGAAUUUCAUUCUCAUUUCUCUCUCUCUGAGACAUAAGAAAACACCUGGUCCGUGAACCCUGCGAUAAAGCAUUGCACUCUUUCUCUCUUAGCUCCUUCUCCCAUUUCAUCACUCACUGUUCACUCAAGAUUGGAGACGUUUCCCUCUGCAUCGUUGUAGUCACUUUCUCUGUUACCUCUGCACUUCAUGUUUUCUUCUGCUACCAAGGCUGGUGAAAGCUUCUAAAGGUUUUUCCCUUGAAGCGGUGCAAGCAACAACGGAGGGGAUACUUGGCUCCAAGUCCUCACGUUUAAUAAGAAAAGGGAAAGUUCAUCGUGGACUUUUAUGGUGAAAAGAACAAGAGACAAGAGUUGUUAAUGCUGUGGUACAGUGUUUGGUAGAGUUUUGAUAACGAUUUUGGCUCUUGGAGAAAAACACUGUUGAGUGGAGUGGAAGCAUUUACACUUCACUUCAGCAGAGAACGGUGUACAGUGAUGGAAGCUCUGUGCUUGUUACACAUUCUGCUAGCUUGGUGUCUGUCAUGUUUUGAGCUUGUUGGUGCUGAGCUUCAGGAGCAAGCUAUAUUACAGGCCAUCAACCAAGAGCUUAGAGUCCCUGGAUGGGGGGAUGCCAACAACUCAGAUUACUGCACUUGGCAAGGUGUCAACUGUGGUAACCACUCAAUGGUGGAGAGCUUGGAUCUGUCUCACCGGAAUCUUCGAGGUAAUGUAACUUUAAUGUCUGAGCUCAAAGCAUUGAAGCGGCUUGAUCUUUCAAAUAAUAACUUUGAUGGAUUGAUUCCUCCUGAUUUUGGAAAUUUAUCUGAUCUCGAAGUUUUGGAUUUGUCUUCAAAUAAGUUCCAAGGUUCAAUCCCACCUCAGUUGGGUGGUCUCAGAAACCUCAAAUCAUUGAACCUUUCCAAUAAUGUGCUUGUGGGAGAAAUACCAAUGGAACUUCAGGGCUUAGAGAAAUUGCAAGAUUUUCAAAUUUCUAGUAACCAUUUGAGUGGUCUUAUACCUUCCUGGGUGGGAAACUUAACUAAUCUGAGGCUUUUCACUGCUUAUGAGAACCGUUUAGAUGGCAAGAUUCCAGAUGAUCUAGGCUCAAUUUCUGAGCUUCAAAUACUUAACUUGCACUCUAACCAGCUUGAAGGUCCAAUACCAGCUAGCAUUUUUGUUCCAGGGAAGCUGGAAGUUCUGGUUCUCACCCAGAAUAAUUUUAGUGGAGAACUUCCUGAGGAAAUUGGGAAUUGCAAAGCCCUUUCCAGCGUUCGAAUUGGAAACAACCAUCUAGUAGGUACCAUUCCUAAGACCAUUGGAAAUCUUAGUAGCCUAACCUACUUUGAAGCUGAUAAUAAUGAUCUUUCUGGUGAGGUUGUGGCAGAAUUUUCUCAGUGUUCUAAUCUUACUCUCUUGAAUUUGGCUUCAAAUGGAUUUACUGGAACAAUUCCACAAGACUUUGGACAACUUAUGAAUCUUCAGGAAUUAAUUCUUUCUGGAAAUAGCCUAUUUGGCGAUAUUCCAAUAUCAAUUCUGAGUUGCAAAAAUCUUAACAAGCUUGAUAUUAGCAACAACAGAUUCAAUGGGACAAUACCAAAUGAAAUCUGCAAUAUCACCCGGUUGCAGUACUUGCUGUUGGAUCAGAAUUUUAUAAGAGGAGAGAUCCCCCAUGAAAUUGGUAAUUGUGCAAAACUUCUUGAAUUACAAUUGGGCAGCAAUAUCUUGACUGGAACUAUUCCUCCUGAGAUUGGGCGCAUUAGGAACUUACAGAUAGCUUUAAAUUUGAGCUUCAAUCAUCUUCAUGGACUUCUGCCCCCUGAAUUGGGAAAACUGGACAAACUUGUUUCACUGGAUGUUUCAAACAAUCGGCUAUCAGGUAAUAUCCCACCUGAACUUAAGGGAAUGUUGAGCUUGAUAGAGGUGAACUUCUCAAAUAAUCUGUUAGCAGGCCUGGUACCAACAUUUGUACCAUUCCAGAAGAGUCCUAGUUCAAGUUUUUUGGGCAACAAAGGGCUUUGUGGAGAGCCUAUAAACCCUUCAUGUGGAACCCUUUAUGAUGAUCACAAGGCUUACCAUCACCGGGUUUCUUACAGAAUCAUACUAGCUGUAAUUGGUUCUGGUUUGGCUGUUUUUAUGUCGGUAACUAUAGUUGUCUUGCUGUUUAUGAUCAGAGAGAGGCAAGAAAAAGUAGCCAAAGAUGCUGGGAUAGUCGAUGAGAGCAUCAAUGACAACCCAACUAUAAUUGCAGGGACUGUUUUUGUUGAUAAUCUCAAACAAGCAGUAGACCUUGAUGCUGUUGUUAAAGCAACUCUGAAAGACUCUAAUAAGCUCAGCAGCGGAACUUUCAGCACAGUUUACAAGGCAAUCAUGCCUUCUGGGGUGGUCUUAUCUGUUAGGAGAUUGAAGUCUGUAGACAAGACAAUAAUCCACCACCAGAACAAGAUGAUUAGAGAACUUGAAAGACUGAGCAAAGUUUGUCAUGAUAAUCUUGUGCGUCCCAUUGGCUAUGUCAUUUAUGAAGAUGUUGCUCUUCUCUUGCAUCAUUAUUUUCCAAACGGAACACUGGCUCAGCUUCUUCAUGAAUCUACCCGGAAACCUGAAUAUCAACCUGACUGGCCCUCUAGAUUGUCCAUUGCCAUUGGUGUGGCAGAAGGUUUGGCUUUCCUUCAUCAUGUGGCAAUCAUCCAUCUUGACAUUUCUUCUGGCAAUGUUCUCUUGGAUGCAAAUUUCAAACCAUUAGUUGGGGAGAUAGAGAUUUCAAAACUUCUGGAUCCAACCAAAGGCACUGCAAGUAUCAGUGCAGUUGCUGGUUCCUUUGGUUACAUACCUCCAGAAUAUGCAUAUACUAUGCAAGUGACAGCACCAGGAAAUGUUUAUAGCUACGGUGUUGUUCUGUUGGAGAUCCUCACAACUAGAUUACCAGUUGAUGAGGAUUUUGGUGAAGGUGUAGAUUUGGUGAAAUGGGUUCACAGUGCUCCAGUGAGAGGGGAAACUCCAGAGCAGAUAUUGGAUGCCAGGCUUAGCACAGUUUCUUUUGGUUGGAGGAAAGAAAUGCUUGCUGCUUUGAAGGUUGCAUUGCUGUGCACCGACAACACACCAGCCAAACGACCGAAAAUGAAGAAUGUAGUGGAAAUGCUGCGAGAGAUAAAGCAAAACUGAGAACAGCAAACAAACUACUCAAGAUUUCUAUUCUGUGCUGUAGUCUAUGCCGUUGAAGAUUUGAUGUAUGCAAAAUCUCAUGGAUACAGAGGAACUGAUGAGUAAUACAACAACAUUAAAUAGUAGACUUGUAUGAGGAGUUACUUCAGAUGGUGAAGGUGGUGUGAAAGUAAAUUCAGGCAUUGCUAUAACUUCACCUUUGUAGGUUGUCCAAAGGGUUAGUUGUAAAAUGGCAGCUAGCUUAUCUAUUUGAGUUGGACACUAUGAUUAGGUUGGUGGAGGAUAAAUGCAAGAGGCUUUGAAACAAGAUAUAUCAGUUCCUCUUGCAUAUAAUCGAAACACAGUUUUCAUAUUGUAUUUACUCAUUUGGGAGAUGUAUGCACCUAUCAAUCAAUCUGUUCCCAUUGAAAUUGAGAAUCUUUAGUUUAUUUUUGUUGAGAUCACAGACUAUACAACUGAAUUGUUCA